UAACAGCGGCACGCGUCAUAAAAAAAAAAAAAGUACCGGUGCAUUGAAAAUUAUUAUAGUUACUGUUUUGUCUUUAAUCCACAAACGGGCAACCGGGCCAUUGCAUCAGAUUUUAUCGGAAAUGUUUGUAUUUUAGGUUUAAUUAAAGCUAGCCCUGCUGUUGAACGUGAACCUGACGGUUAGCUACUUGUCGCUCAACUGUUGGGGACAGCGCGACAAAACUUGCCUUCGUAAAACUCUUGUAUUAGCUCCUUCUUUCCAGGUCGGACAAAAUGGCUCAUCUCCCUGCUCUUUUCCAGUAUGUGGACGAACACCAGGAGCUUUAUGUGAAGCGCUUGGCGGAAUGGGUGGGCGUCCAGAGCGUGUCCGCCUGGCCGGAGAAGCGUGGCGAGAUCAAGAAGAUGAUGCAAAUGGCCGCCAAGGACAUUGAGCGACUGGGCGGCACAGUGGAGAUGGUGGACAUCGGUCAACAGAAGCUUCCGAGCGGGGAGGAGAUCCCGCUGCCCCCCAUCAUUCUGGGACGGCUGGGCUCCGACCCAGGCAAGAAGACCGUGUGCAUCUACGGCCACCUCGACGUCCAGCCCGCCAACGUUGACGACGGCUGGGACACGGAACCGUUCACUAUGGUGGAGAAAGACGGAAAGCUCUAUGGAAGAGGCUCCACUGACGACAAGGGUCCUGUGCUGGCUUGGUUUAACUGCAUUGAGGCUUACCAGAAGACCCAGCAGGAGCUGCCCAUCAACAUCAAGUUCUGCUUUGAGGGCAUGGAGGAGUCUGGAUCGGAGGGCCUGGACGAACUGGUCUUCUCGCGCAAGGACACCUUCUUCAAGGACGUGGACUACGUGUGCAUCUCGGACAACUACUGGCUGGGCAAGACCAAACCCUGCAUCACAUACGGCCUGAGAGGAAUCUGCUACUUCUUCAUUGAGGUGGACGGCUGUGAGAAGGACCUGCACUCUGGCGUGUUUGGCGGCUCUGUUCACGAGGCCAUGACGGACCUCAUUACACUUAUGGGCUCCCUGGUGGACAGGAAGGGGAAGAUCUUGAUUCCUGGCAUGUAUGACGACGUGGCUCCUUUGACAGACGACGAGAGGCAACUUUACGACAGGAUCGAGUUUGACUUGGAGGAGUACUGCAAAGACGUCGGUGUUGGACAGCUACUGCACAGCACCAAGGAGCAAAUCCUAAUGCACCGCUGGAGGUACCCCUCGCUCUCUCUGCACGGCAUCGAGGGUGCUUUCGCCGACGCAGGCGCCAAGACUGUUAUCCCGCGAAAAGUCAACGGCAAAUUCUCCAUCCGCCUGGUACCUGACAUGGACCCCAAAGUUGUGGAGAAGAAGGUGACUGACUAUCUAAAGCAGAAGUUUGCCGAAUUGGAGAGCCCCAACAAGCUGAACGUGUACAUGGGCCACGGGGCCAAAGCCUGGGUGUCCGACUUCAACCAUCCGCACUACAUGGCGGGUCGCAAAGCCAUGAAGACGGUCUUUGGUGUGGAACCGGAUCUGACGCGCGAGGGAGGCAGCAUCCCCGUCACCCUGACCUUCCAGGAGGCGACGGGACGCAACGUCAUGCUGCUUCCCGUCGGUUCCUCUGACGACGGCGCACACUCCCAGAAUGAGAAACUCAACAGAUCUAACUACAUUCAGGGGACCAAGAUGCUUUGUGCAUACUUCCAUGAGGUGUCCCAGCUGCAAGAAUAGAUCCCAAUACCACUACCCCAUGGACCGCUAUCAACUGUUGUAUUUAGAAUAUCAAUGAGAUUUAUGCUUGUCUUCCAAUAAUAAAAGACUUCUGUUUUCUUACUGUA